CACGUACACUGAAAAUGUCACUCGAUCCAUCAACAAUAGCAGGGGCCGAUACCCAGGCUCCAGCGGUCUCCACCGUCAAAGAAGGCGAAGCGGUGAUCGCAGACCGUGAACUAGAAAGCGGCCCACAGAAGCCGUACCGGCCCAACAGAUGGCAGAGCAAUCUGACUAUCAUCAGCUGCUACAUCGCCAACUUCAGCGACGGGUUCCAGAACCAACUGGCCAACCCCACCAAUGUCAUGUUCACCCACCUGCUGGGGAAAUCGGGCUACCCGGCCGAGAUGAAGACGCGGAUCAGCAACUCGCUGAUCAUCGGGGCCAUCCUGGGGGUGCUGGCGCUGGGGUACAUCUCCGACAUGAUCUCCCGCCGCGCGGGGCUGCUCUUCACCUCGGGGCUGGUGACGGUCAGCACCCUGAUGGCGGCCGUGGCGCUGGACGUGCACCCCUCCCCCAAUAUGCUGUGGUACUUCGUCAUCGUGCGGGGGAUCUGUGGUUUUGGUGUGGGAGGUGAAUAUCCUCCUAGCGCUGCUGCCGGCCUGGAGGAAUCCGACGACUUCAACCGCCGCUACCGCGGCCCAGUCUUCGUCUCCUUCACGACCCUAAUGGCGACACUAGCCUCCCCAAUCUUAAUGAUCAUCUACCUAAUCACGCUCAAAGCGAGCAACAACAACCUCCCCGUGACGUUCCACGCGAUCUACGCGAUCGCGACCAUCAUCCCAGCAACAAUCAUGGUGCUCCGCUUCUUCAUGACGGACUCGACCCUGUACCACAACAGCAACUUCAAGCGGCAGCGCAAGCCGCUCCGGUUCUACUACCUGCUGGCGCGGCGCUACUGGCGGCGGCUGGCGCUGACCUCGCUGGCGUUCUUCCUGUACGACUUCAUCAACUUCCCCAACAGCAUCAUGUCGAGCAGCAUCAUCUCCUCCAUGGUCAAAGACGGCGACCUGCAGACGACCGCCGUUUGGCAGGUCAUCCUGGCGGUGCUGCCGGUGCCGGGCGUGGUGGUGGGCGCGUACCUGACGAACGCGAUCGGGCGGCGCUGGACGGGCAUCGCCGGGUUCGCGGGAUAUGUGGUGCUGGGGUUCAUUAUCGGUGGGUGUUAUACGUUGUUGUCACGGCAUAUCGCCGCGUUCGUCGUGCUGUAUGGUCUGCUGCAGGCGUUCGGGCACAUGGGCCCCGGCGCGACCAUCGGGUUGAUCAGUAGCGAGUCGUUCCCCACGGCCAUGCGCGGGAUGGGGUACAGUAUCGCGACGGCGUUUGGGCGCACCGGCGCUGCGGUCGGCACGGAGUGUUUCACCCCAUUGCAGACGGCUGCGGGUGAUAGUGCUACGUUCUAUCUGCUGGCGGGUGUGGCCGUACUGGGGAUGGUCGUGUAUUGGUUUCUGCCGGAGAGCGGGGAGUUGGAUCUCGAGGCGGAGGAUCGCGAGUUGGAGAGGUAUAUGGGGAUGCAUGGGUUUAUGAUGGAGAAGAGUCAGUAG